AUGAGUAAACGUGCCAAUUUGCCCUAUACAACACAAGACUUGUUCCCCCAGAUCGCGGCAACCCCAAACACGCCGCGGUUCCCAUCGGGGCCCAAUCCCUCAAUUACCCAUGGAUCUAUUACAGGAGCCUCAUUCAUAUCCACAGCAUCUUCAGCGUAUACGACCAGGUCUUUGCGGAGUCAGAGUUCAAGAUUCUCAAGCAAGUUCCAGAACAUUAAGAAAAUGGCCAGACGGCUCUUUAAGCCCACGACUCUAGAUUUUGAAACUGCCAUAUGGGAGAUUUUUCACUUGAUCAUUAAUCCCAAGAAGAUGUACCGAUCUCAUUAUUAUUAUAAGCAACAGACUUCUAACAAUGGUAAGUCGAGUUAUACACGUGACGAUCCCCUGUUUCUUAUAUUGCUUACUGUUUUCUUACUGAUUUCAGCAGUUGCCUGGGGUUUGGCGUACUCUCCCAGAGUGUGGGAUAUUCUUAAGCUUAUAGUGUAUAUGGUUUUCAUUGAUUUCUACUUGACAGGUAUCGUCAUAGCCACGGUUUCGUGGUUUGUGACCAACAAGUUGUUCAACAACACUUAUGGGAAUUUAGGAGGUAUGAACAAGUACAACUUGAACUAUAUUGAGUGGGGUUUUUGUUUUGAUAUCCACUGCAAUUCAUUCUUGGUGAUUUGGUGCUUACUAUAUCUUGUUCAAUUCUUGCUUUUACCGUUGAUCCGGAUCAGGAGGUCGUUUUUGUCGAUCCUCUUGGGUAAUUCGUUGUACUUCGGCUCGAUUGGCUAUUACUUUGUCAUCACCUUUUAUGGGUUCAAUUCUCUCCCAUUCAUUAGUUCUAAUGUUAGAACUACUUCUGCAGCUGGGGGAAUGUUCUCAAAUACAAAUAAUAAUCCGGCAAGACUUCUCCAGUUAAUAGUCAUUGCUGGAAUCUUGCCUGUUCUUGCCUUAGGUUGGAUUAUCUCAUUAAUCUUUAGGUUCAAUGUGGCAGAUGCCAUGGUGGAUACGUACUUCAACUAA